AUGUCUUCGCCGACUCAACGCAUUGGACACAUCUCAGGGCACCUACAGAGCACUGCCGGUCCACAUGUCAGUGCUGCCGUGUCGACACUGCUGAGCAAAAACCCCAAAGAUGUCGUCUUUAGUCUUGCGUUGCGAACCCCUCUAACCAAGGCGCGGAAAGGAUACCUCAAGGACACCCCUCUUGAGGGGUUGUUGGUGCCCACAUUGAAGGCUGUUGUGGAGAGAUCCAACUUGGACCCGAAGCUCGUCGAAGAAAUUGUCUUGGGCAACGUCUUACACAAAGAUGCAGCUUUCAUCACGCGUGCAGCGGGACUUGCUGCCGGUUUCCCUGCAACGACUGCUAUAUCUACCGUCAGUCGAUGGUGCUCCUCUGGCCUCUUGGCCGUCGAGGCAGUCGCCCAGAAGGUGGCUUCUGGAAGUAUCGAUAUUGGUGUCGCAAUCGGCGCUGAGAGCAUGAGUACCAACCCAGAUACAGGCGCUCCAAAAUUCCCCGAUGAGUUUUUGGGGAAGCCUACAAUCAGAGACUUGACUGAACUGAUGCCCUGGACGUCGGAGAAUGUUGCGCGAGACUUUUGCAUUUCCCGACAGCGACAGGAUGAAUAUGCCGCUGCUUCUUAUCAGAAGGCUGAGGCAGCUCAGAAAUCCGGUCGCACAGCCGAGGAGAUCUUGCCGAUUACCACAACGUGGAAGGACCCAAAGACUGGCGUCACGAAGACUGUGACCGCUGACCAUGAUGAUGGCGUUCGGCCUGGAACGACAGUAGAGGGACUGGCCAAGAUCCGAUCAGCGUUUCCCCAGUGGCCUCCUGCUACUACUACGGGUGGUAACGCCUCGCAGAUUACAGACGGAGCUGCUGCAGUCCUUAUAAUGCGACGUGAAGUUGCCGAGAGGCUGCAGCAGCCGAUCCUUGGCAAGUUUGUGCUAUCCACGGUCGUUGGACUGGAGCCUCGCAUCAUGGGCAUCGGGCCAUCAAUCGCUAUCCCCAAACUACUGGGGAAGCUGGGGAUCUCUAAAGACGAGGUUGAUAUCUUCGAGAUAAAUGAAGCUUUUGCUUCAAUGCUCGUCUACUGUACAGAAACACUUGGAAUUGACCCACGACGACUUAAUCCUCGAGGUGGCGCCAUAGCCUUUGGCCACCCGCUCGGUUGCACUGGAGCCCGGCAGAUUGUCACGGCCUUGUCGGAGUUGAAGAGUACUGGCGGCAAGAUUGCUGUAAUUUCAAUGUGUGUUGGAACUGGAAUGGGAAUGGCAAGCCUGAUUGUAUCAGAGCAGUGA